AUGUUGUUAUAUCUCACCCUUACCAAUGCCUGGAUCUUGCUAGCUUUGCCAUUCGUUUAUGUCCUGGGUUGGAUCAUCUACGCAAACACCCUCCAUCCUCUGAGUCGCAUCCCGGGACCCUUUUUGGCAAAGGUUUCGCGUUUCUGGUAUCUGCGCAAGAUUUGGACGGAGGACGUUGAGAAGGAUGAGAAAGCUUUACAUGCCAAACAUGGGCCAUUGAUCCGUCUUGCACCGAAUGAGGUGUCGUGUUCUGAUCCUGCAGCCUUCGCAAGCAUCUACCGCUUUUCCAAUGCGCUGGACAAGUCAGCCUUCUACGAGCCAUACAACACAACGGGAUUCAGCGUCCAUGGCGACAUCUUCUCCUGCAAGAGCGACAAGAAACACGGUCAAAGGCGCAAAAUCGUUAGCAACAUCUACUCAAUGUCGAACGUCGCCAAAUCAGAGCAAUACAUUGAUUCUUGUAGCAAUCUUCUCGUGGAGCGAUUGGAGCAGUUUGCUACAUCGGGCAAGGCGUGCGAUCUCGGCGAGUGGCUGCAUUGGUAUACUUUUGACAUCAUUGGCGAGCUGUUCUAUGGCCGAGCCUUUGGAUUCAUAGAUGAAGGCAAGGACCAGAACAAUUGGAUCAAGUCGCUGGACAAGAUGAUACCAUUUGUGUGCUUGAUGGGUGUCGCACCUCCACUCUUGAGGCCUCUAAUCGGUAUUGGCACCAUGCUUACAGCUGCUGGUAAGGAGAUCAGGAAUGGCGUAAAGAACAUCGGCUCCUCCUCGUCCCGCCUCAUGGAAGAAGCUUACGCAUCCCGUCACGAGGUGAAUAGGACAGACAUGGCGCAGCAGAUUUUCGAUAUCUAUGAAAACAAUGGCAAGAAAUUGGAUUUCUCCUGGGGCGAUGUCGAACAGGAGUCUUACGGCGCACUUUUUGCAGGCAGCGACACAACUGCUAUUGCGUUCCGAUCGCUGUUCUAUCAUCUGAUGCACAACCCAAAGGCUUACGCUCGUCUCGAGAAAGAGAUCGACGAGGCUGUUGCGGAAGGCCGCAUGAGUUUACCGCCGACGUACAAGCAGGCGAGCGCGCUUCCUUAUCUCUGUGCGUGCAUUAAAGAGGCGCUCAGGAUUCACCCCGGUGCCCAGUUGUCCCUACCACGCACAGUUCCACGCGGGGGCAUGGAGCUCUGCGGGCAAUUCAUACCCGAAGGCUACGUUGUUGGAAUCAACGCAGCAGUUUUGCACCUCGACCAGCAAGUCUUCGGCGAAGAUGCUGACAAAUUCAACCCUGACCGUUGGAUGGAACCAGCGUGUGCAAACCACAUGAACAAGUUCAUGAUGGCAUUUGGAGGCGGAACACGAACUUGUGUGGGGAAGAACAUCGCACUGAUCGAAUUGCACAAGCUAUCGUCUCAACUGGUCUGGAACUUUCACUUCGAAUUUUAUGAUCCGAAGAAGACACAAUGGCACACAAGAAACACUUUCUUUGCAAGGCAGGAAGGUUUGAUUGUGCGGGUAAAAGCUCGGAACCACUGA